AUGAACAUCCACAUGAAUUCAACAGGAAGAAGUGAAGACCUGUCUACAUUCAACGCAUCCACGACCCCAACAACUGAAGACAGAAAUGAGUACAACUUCAUCCGAUGCAUCCUACUCGUCAUAACGACCAUCCUACUUCUGACCCUCAACCCGCUGUGUCUUGUGGUCCUGAGGCAUGUCCGUAGCAUCCAGGAAACAACUAAGAUAUUCCUCAGAUCCAUGACGAUUGCCGAUCUCGGCAUGGGACUCUUCCAAGCUCUACCGAUGACUGUACUUGCAAUUUCCGAGACUGAGCAUAUUGGCGAGGUGUUUUGCCAAGUACUGUCAUUUGCUGGUGAAAUCUUCAUCUACGGUCCCCAGAUGUCAAUCCUGCUGCUGACUGUGGAUCGCUACAUUUCCGUGGUGUACGCGUUGCGCUACCCAUCUCUUGUAACUGUGAAGCGGGCUCGAAUAUCUGUCUGCUUACUCCUGUUCACCUACGUGCUGCCUGUCCUGACAAACAGUUGGCUUAAUGUGCUCAUCUAUUAUCUCAGAAACCAAGACUGCCGUCGAGUGACCCAUGAUCUUCUGAUAUCGAACUAUCGAUCCUGUAAACGCUGCCUGCCAUUGGUUGCAAACUGA